AAAAAAGGGACAAUAUCACGCGAAACGUCACGACGACUUUGUCUUCCAUUGCGUCCCAGUAUACCCCAUCUGCCGAGAUAGGAUAUCUCUCACGGCGACGGCCAGCCCUUAGACGCCCAGCGCCGUCUUUGAUUCAGUGACAAAGGUCAACCUGGAGCAUCAGCUACCACUUACCAGUUCCCGUCCAUCUUCACCCCCUUGCGGUCCAAAAGGAGAACACGGGAGGCGACUCUUUCUGCCUUGCCCUGCAACCCAGCUCACCCUCCACCUGCCCAAUUUCGAGCUGCUGCUUGACCCGCGCCGCGCCCGAGAGAUUACAACGUCAUUGCAUUCAACGCCAUCACCGCCCGCUACAUCGACGACAUCCUGAUCACCUUCUUAUCGCCCACAACCGCCCGAACCUAACCCCGCAAUAGCCUCUCCAACAGCCUCCAGCAAGCCCAAUUACCCACCAACAUGGAUACGAAUAUGGAGGAUGUCGGGCGCGUUCCCGCCGAGCUUACCUCGUCCAACUUCGAGCCAACCACCAUCCCGACACUGGACGGCUGGAUUGAGAGCUUGAUGAACUGCAAGCAGUUGGCCGAGUCUGACGUCCAGAGAUUGUGCGAGAAGGCACGCGAAGUCCUCCAAGACGAAUCCAACGUUCAGCCGGUGAAAUGUCCCGUCACCGUUUGCGGAGAUAUCCACGGUCAGUUCCAUGACUUGAUGGAGCUCUUCAAGAUCGGAGGUUCGUGCCCGGACACCAACUAUCUAUUCAUGGGAGAUUAUGUCGACCGUGGAUACUACUCAGUUGAGACCGUCACUCUGCUCGUCGCUCUCAAGAUCCGAUACCCCAACCGCAUCACCAUUUUGCGCGGCAACCACGAGUCGCGCCAGAUCACACAAGUAUACGGCUUCUAUGACGAGUGCCUGCGCAAGUAUGGUAACGCCAACGUUUGGAAGUACUUUACCGAUCUUUUCGACUAUCUUCCUCUCACCGCCCUAAUUGACAACCAAAUCUUCUGCUUGCACGGCGGUCUUUCCCCUAGCAUCGACACGCUCGACAACAUCAGAGCGCUCGACAGAAUCCAGGAGGUUCCCCACGAGGGCCCCAUGUGCGACCUGCUGUGGUCGGAUCCCGAUGACCGUUGCGGAUGGGGAAUCUCGCCCCGUGGUGCAGGCUAUACCUUUGGCCAGGAUAUCUCAGAAGCUUUCAACCACAACAACGGUCUGACACUUAUUGCCAGAGCGCAUCAGCUUGUGAUGGAGGGUUACAACUGGUCCCAGGACAGGAAUGUUGUCACCAUAUUCUCGGCGCCCAACUACUGCUACAGGUGCGGUAACCAAGCCGCCAUCAUGGAAAUUGACGAACACCUGAAAUACACAUUCCUGCAAUUCGACCCUUGCCCGAGGGCUGGCGAACCUAUGGUUUCGAGACGAACUCCCGAUUACUUCCUUUAAUGAUUAAGCUUGCCUUCGCCUCAUUGUGUUAUGCCCUGAGCAGAAAGAUUAAGGGACAUAGAAGAGCGAAAAGUCUUAAUGAUACAUUUCUUCGCGCAACCAUAUAUAAACUCCGCGCUAUAUGGAGCCGGGACACGAUUACCAUAGCACGUGUUCGUAUAGUGAGCGUUGUGUUUCGCGAGACAUGAUUAGACAAGUAAUGUAUCGAACAUCGGGGAUCGACAACAAAGCCCAGUCUCUCUUCGAUUUCGAGUCACGUCUUACUCUUUGCUCAGCCAGUUAGUUUACCUUUGGUGUACCCUUCAUGAUAAACUGGGAAAUGCAGGUGUAAAGACAGGAAGGGAAACAUGAAUUUGAUUAUGCCAGUUCAUGUAGAAUUCGGAUAACUAUUUUGUCUAGAUCAUUGGAUUCGGGGCGUCAUUGCUUUCCCGCUUGGAAC